GUGUUUGUGUUUUGUGAAAUUCAUGGAGUUUCAUACGUUUAGUGUUGUAGAAGUCAUCGUGGAAAAAGGUCACCAUGUCUCUAGUAUCGCAAGCGUUCGAGUCGAGCAAGAUUGUGCCCGAUGUCAUCCCGACACCACCCUCUGGUAACAUCGAGCUGAAGUACCCGAGCGGCGCAGUGGCCUCCCAGGGUAACGAGCUGACUCCGACGCAGGUGAAGGACCAGCCCAGCGUCUCCUAUGAAGCCGACCCUAGCGCCUUCUACACUCUCGUCUUUACCGACCCCGACAACUACGACGGUCCGGAACCAGUGUACCGCGAGUGGCACCAUUGGCUGGUUGGCAACAUUCCCGGUAAUGACGUCAGCAAAGGAGAGGUACUGUCAGGCUACAUCGGCUCCGGCCCACCAGAGGGCACUGGCAUCCACAGAUACGUCUACAUCCUCUACAAACAGCCGGGCAAACUGGACUUCGAUGAAAAGAGGCUGACUAACAAGUCUAUCGACGGCCGUGCUGCCUUCUCCACGAAGAAGUUUGCAGAGAAGUACAACCUCGGAGCGCCUGUUGCUGGCAACUUCUACCGCGCACAGUUCGACGACUUCGUCCCAUUGUUGUACAAGAGCCUAGGCGUUUAAACUGAUGUAAAAUGUAAUAUGUAAAUAUUUUAUGGUUAUCUAUUAAGUAUAUUUGUGUGUGUUGUGUUUUA